UAUUGCAAAAAGUAUCCAAAUAAUCAUGGAGGGAUAGUCUGUAGUUAUAAAUAUUUGACCAACCUCCAGGGAUGGAGUUUCACACCCUGCUCUGAACAUCUCUGAGGCCAGCUGUCAAGCUUCUUGCACAGGUGCCAGAAUUGUUUCCCUAUGAUUUGAACAGUCAUCGUGGGGAGCAUUUAUACUUCAGUUCCUGUAAACCUGACUGAACACAGACAAAAUGGAUCACCAUGAAGUUACCUCGGAGGCUGAUAAAAUCCACCAAAAUCGUCUCUCAAAUGUCACAGAAGAUGAAGAGCAAGAUGCUGCAUAUACAAUUGUGACAGUCCUAGAUAAAGUGGCUAACAUUGUACACGGUGUACAGGAGAGCCAGAAAAGAAUAGAAGAGCGACACAGAGAAAUGGAGAAUGCUAUCAAGACCAUACAGAUUGAUAUUUUAAAGCUUGCCCAGACUCAUGGCAAUACAGGCUACACUGUUAACAAGUUGCUUGAGAAAACCUGCAAAGUUAGUUCCCACGUUAAAGAAGUGAGGGCACGUGUGGAAAAGCAGAGUGCUAAUGUGCGAAAGGUUGAAGCAAAACAAGAGGAGAUGCUGAGAAAAAACAAAUUUCGGGUUGUAAUAUACCAGGAGGAAACAGAAUGCCCAUCUUCGCUGUCUGUUAUCAAAGACAGGACAAAAGGUGAAAACCUGGAGGACCAAUUCUUUCCACCUGAUGACCUCUCUUCUGAUGAAGAAUAUUACAUAGACGAAAGCAGAGCAUCCCGAUUUAAAAAAUCAGGCAUCAGACGCAUAGAUAAUAUCAAAAAGGCAUUUUCAAGGGAAAAUAUCCAGAAGACCAGAAAAAAUUUUGGCAAGAAGGUGAACAGGCUUCGAACUAGAAUAGUGACACCGGAGAGGCGAGAGAGAAUGAGGCAGUCAGGAGAGAGGCUGAAACAAUCUGGGAUAAGGCUCAAGAAAACUAUUUCAAAAGCAGCUCCAACAAAGGAGACAUUCAAGCUCAAUAAGAAAGAUAAAGAGCGAACAGUAGCUGAAGGGCAAGAAGGAAUCCAGGAAGCUGGUGUGCGUGCAGUUUCAGCAAGUGGGGCAGAAGAACCAGUUACAGAAGAGAUUUCCUACACAGAAGUGAUCACUAAAGUGAAGAAAGACAAAGGCAGUGGAACAAAAGGCACGUCCCAGCCAGCAGAGAAAAUUGUGCUCACCCCUGAAAAAAUCGUUCUUAAACAGGAGGCAGCAGCAGAAGGAGGUGAUAACGUGCUUCUGUUGGACCUCAAGCAACCAGCAUAAGUGAUGGAGUAGUAUAUACUGUGUUACUGUACAAGAGAAAACAUAGUAUCUGUUUAUUUGGGCAGAUUGAGAGGUGUGUGUAACUUUUUAUUGUUAUAUAUUGGUGCUGUUCUAGUGUUUAUAUGUGUAGCAGACAAUGUGUUUGUUGCCUUUUUAUUACUACGCAAAGUCACAUAAACAGAAUGAAGGGUCUCAUCUCUCUUGACGUGUACAUAUAACUUCAGUUAAUGUGAAUGGGAGUUACAAUUGCAUAUCACAAGGAGAUGGAAACUCCUUGUAUAUUUAAAUCAAAACUAUGAGGCACUUAAUAGCCUUGUUGCUAUCUUUAGUUGUAUGCACAGUGGCAUUCAGAGAACAUCGCCAUUUAUCUCAUGCCAACAUCAAAAAGCAAACAAGCAACUGAGAUAUAUGUCAGGUUUCAGAGUAACAACCGUGUUAGUCUGUAUUCGCAAAAAGAAAAGGAGUACUUG